AGCAGCCAAUCGGGCAGCGGCGGCGGUGGCGUCGGAGAGCGCGGGAGGCGGGGGAGAGCGGAGGGGCCCUGCGCUCGUUUUCGGUCUAGCUGUGACCGGUUGAGGCGGCGCGGCGGCAUAGGGACGACGACCUCGCGCGGCUACUGCAGCACUAGGGUGUCAGUUGGUCCCGCCCAGAACACUUCAGUUCUGCUCUGCAAGGAUAUAUAAUAACUGUUUCUUUCUUUUUUUAACAGAUUGGUGUGUCCAUAUAAUCCAGGAAAAUGGAAACUGAACAGCCAGAGGAAACCUUCCCCAACACCGAAACCAAUGGUGAAUUUGGUAAACGCCCUGCAGAAGAUAUGGAAGAGGAACAGGCUUUUAAAAGAUCUAGGAACACUGAUGAGAUGGUUGAAUUACGCAUUCUGCUUCAGAGCAAGAAUGCUGGGGCAGUGAUUGGAAAAGGAGGCAAGAAUAUUAAGGCUCUGCGUACAGACUACAAUGCCAGUGUUUCAGUCCCAGACAGCAGUGGCCCCGAGCGCAUAUUGAGUAUCAGUGCUGAUAUUGAAACAAUUGGAGAAAUUCUGAAGAAAAUCAUCCCUACCUUGGAAGAGGGCCUGCAGUUGCCAUCACCCACUGCAACCAGCCAGCUCCCGCUCGAAUCUGAUGCUGUGGAAUGCUUAAAUUACCAACACUAUAAAGGAAGCGACUUUGACUGCGAAUUGAGACUGUUGAUUCAUCAGAGUCUGGCAGGAGGGAUUAUUGGGGUCAAAGGUGCUAAAAUCAAAGAACUUCGAGAGAACACUCAGACAACAAUCAAGCUUUUCCAGGAAUGCUGUCCUCAUUCCACUGACAGAGUCGUUCUUAUUGGUGGAAAACCUGAUAGGGUUGUAGAAUGCAUAAAGAUCAUCCUUGAUCUUAUAUCAGAGUCACCCAUCAAAGGACGUGCACAGCCUUAUGAUCCCAACUUCUAUGAUGAAACUUAUGAUUAUGGUGGCUUUACAAUGAUGUUUGAUGACCGCCGUGGCCGUCCUGUGGGGUUUCCCAUGCGGGGAAGAGGUGGUUUUGACAGAAUGCCUCCUGGUCGGGGUGGGCGUCCCAUGCCUCCGUCUAGAAGAGAUUAUGAUGAUAUGAGCCCUCGGCGAGGACCCCCUCCCCCUCCUCCCGGACGAGGUGGCCGGGGUGGUAGCAGAGCUCGCAAUCUUCCUCUUCCUCCACCACCACCACCGAGAGGAGGAGAUCUAAUGGCCUAUGACAGGAGAGGAAGACCUGGAGAUCGUUACGAUGGCAUGGUUGGUUUCAGUGCUGAUGAAACUUGGGACUCUGCAAUAGAUACAUGGAGCCCUUCAGAAUGGCAGAUGGCUUAUGAACCACAGGGUGGCUCUGGAUAUGAUUAUUCCUAUGCAGGGGGUCGUGGCUCAUAUGGUGAUCUUGGUGGACCUAUUAUUACAACACAAGUAACUAUUCCCAAAGAUUUGGCUGGAUCUAUAAUUGGCAAAGGUGGUCAGAGGAUUAAACAAAUUCGUCAUGAGUCAGGAGCUUCGAUCAAAAUUGAUGAGCCUUUAGAAGGGUCCGAAGAUCGGAUCAUUACCAUUACAGGAACACAGGACCAGAUACAGAAUGCACAGUAUUUGCUGCAGAACAGUGUGAAGCAGUAUGCAGAUGUUGAAGGAUUCUAAUGCAAGAUAUUUUUUCUUUUUUAUAGUGUGAAGCAGUAUUCUGGAAAGUUUUUCUAAGACUAGUGAAGAACUGAAGGAGUCCUGCAUCUUUUUUUUUUUUAUCUGCUUCUGUUUAAAAAGCCAACAUUCCUCUGCUUCAUAGGUGUUCUGCAUUUGAGGUGUAGUGAAAUCUUUGCUGUUCACCAGUUGUAAUGUUUUAGUUCCUUACAAACGGGGGGGGGGGGGGGAGGGAGGGAGUGCAAAAACUAACAUUGAAAUUUUGAAACAGCAGCAGAGUGAGUGAAUUUUAAUUUUUGUUCAUUGUUGGUGGUUAGAAAAUUCCCCCUAUGUAAUUAUUGUGAACACUUUGCUUUGUGGUCACUGUAACAUUGGGGGGGAGGGUGGGACAGGGAGGAAAAGUAAUAAUAGUCAAUAUGUCCCUGGCAUCUAUUCAGAGCAGUGUGCAGAAUGUAAUGCUCUUUUGUAAGAAACGUUUUAUGAUUUUUAAAAUAAAUUUAGUGAACCUA